CCACCUACCACACAACAGGUCAGAGAGGUCAGUCCAUUUCUCCAAUAAAAACACACUGAUUUCACUUCAAUCUGGCCAUUUCCAUCAUAUCCAACUUCUCAGUAUCGCACGCAGAUUGGAAUUCUCUCUCUCUCUCUCUCUAGCCAUUCAAGGGGUUCCCUGAGGUUUGGUUACUCUGAUUCAAGAGGAGUAUUUGCCUUUUCGAGCGUGUGAUUGUCUGCUGGAGUUUAGGAGUGACGCACAGGCAUUUCUUGUAAAAAAGAUUAUCACAUACAAAAAUGGUGAAGGCCGUUGCCGUCCUUAGCAGCAGUGAAGGUGUUAGCGGCACCAUCUUCUUCACUCAAGAUGGAGACGCACCAACCACAGUUACUGGAAAUGUCUCUGGCCUAAAACCCGGACUUCAUGGCUUCCAUGUCCAUGCCCUUGGUGAUACCACAAAUGGCUGCAUGUCAACGGGACCACAUUAUAAUCCUGCUGGUAAGGAGCAUGGUGCUCCUGAAGAUGAGGUGCGUCAUGCUGGUGAUCUUGGUAACAUCACAGUUGGAGAAGAUGGUACUGCCUCUUUUACUAUUACCGACAAGCAGUUUUGCAGAUUCCUCUUGCUGGUCCACAAUCCAUCAUUGGAAGAGCUGUGGUUGUUCAUGCUGAUCCUGAUGAUCUUGGAAAGGGAGGACACGAACUCAGUAAAGCCACUGGAAAUGCUGGUGGAAGGGUUGCUUGUGGUAUCAUCGGCCUCCAGGGUUAAUUACUCAUGUGCCGUUAAGAUUCUCAGCUACUAGUGGAGGGUAUCUUGGAAUAAGGUUUCAUUGCAACUGUUGACUAGCGUUGUUUUCUAUGUUUUAUCAUGUGAUACCUUUUGUUUUCAGUGUGUGAGUUGUACUAGUUUUUGCCAACACAACAUUAACCGUAAUAAAACAUAGUCCAUUAGCAUUGCUUAUUUCUUAAA